GAGCAGAGUUGGGGGUAUAUCAAGAGACGCAGUCAUGCCUACAAGCUCUGAAUCAGCUCCAUUACUCGCUGGUCACGGACGAUCGGAUCCCGAACGAGAACCUUCGCGAGUGCCGCAGGGGGAUCGACCUCGAACGGCAAACUCUGAUGCUGCUACUCGACGAUGGGGUCGCGCAGUCAAUGUGGCGAAGGCUUUGACCAAAAGUAAGGUCACCAGAAGAAAAAGGACUGACAGCAGACAGCCAGCAAGUCGGAGUUCUGCCGACGGAUCGACUGAUGUCAGAGUGGUGCUCAACGAUGAUCCAGGAGUCGUAAGUACUCUGCCCGGUGAUUUGCCAGACCCGCACCCCAAGAGAAAGUACAGCUUACUAUACCGAGUGUUGUGCGGCAGAAGCCACUUAUGGCUGGCGCGAUGGGUUAAUAUGGCUCUGGCGAUACUUAUUCUAAUCAAUGCCGUAGCAUUCAUACUGGCAUCGGUGGAGACCUUUGCGGAGAAGUAUGAAGCGCCUCUGGAUGUACUCGAAGGCAUCUCGUCCACGAUCUACCUUAUCGAAUAUUCGCUGCGGGUCUAUACUAUCACAGAGUCGACAUAUUACCGUCCCUAUGGACCCAUAAAAGGACGGCUGUACUACAUAUUCACAUUCAAUGCUCUUAUUGAUCUGAUUGCCUGUCUGCCCUUCUUCAUCGAAGUAUUCACUCUGUACGAGCUUCCCAGUCUGACGUACCUCAGGGCCCUGCGUCUCACUCGCAUCCUAAAAACCGAGCGCUACACGCGUGCCUUCUCCAGCGUCUAUCGGAUAGUAUGGUACAAUGGGGAGAUCUUGGGCCUCUGCCUGUUCCUUUCCAUGAUUCUGAUGCUCUUCACAAGUACGCUCCUGUACUACUUACGUCCCGGUACCGAACCGGCAGCAGCCCUAACGGCAAUGACGAAUCAUGUGUACAGUGCCAUGGGAGGGGAUGUCAAUAAUAGCAUAUCUCAGGCUACCAACGAUGCAGAUCCGAGCGACUUCUCAUCGAUUCCCGCCACAUUUUAUCUGUCUGUACUGAUGUUGACUGGGCAGGGUCAACCGGAAGGAUAUAUGCCGUGGUACACAAAGACCGUUUGCGCGCUGACAGCUAUAUUCUCCGUGGCGAUCUUUGCGAUCCCGGCGUCAAUGCUUACCUGGGGGUUUGAGGCUGAGGCCGAGCGCAUCAUGAGGAAGGCCCGAGACAAGCGCAUAGAAAUAGAGGCUAUCAGGAGCGCUCGGAGAGCUGUGAUCGAAGCAGCCGUUGCCAAUGGCGAGCAACCACCGGAGGCUUUGGCGGAAUUCGAUGCGCAAAGCACUUCCGACUACGACACAUCUACGGGUGACAGUUCAUUUGACAGCGAAUUGAGUGCGACAGACGAAAGCAGUUCGACUGACUCGUGGGAUGAAUACGAGAAAGCUGCGCUGGGAGAUGACGAUGCAGCCGACCCUACACCUGGUCCGUCCACGAUAUCCGCUUUCCCAGCUCCAGUUCCCGAGAGUCCUUUGAUCUUCAGUUCGCCUCGUCGUGCCCCAAAACGCACACAUUCAGGAAAAGACACCCCAGUACUACGCGUGGGUGCUAUGCUGGGUGAGCUCUCACUCGCCGCAUCCGUCGCCACUGCCAAAAGCCCAGCGCCCGGUGCAGAGCGAAGGCUCAGCGUAGGCCCAGGUGACGGCAAGACGACGAAAUUGUUGUGUGAAUGCUGUUGUACCGGUCAGUGUAGAGGAACUACCGAAAUGAAGGAGAUGCACGAGAAACUUGCGGGUAUAGAGCAGCAGUUGGCUUUAUUGUUGGAGAAAGUGAGUGGCAUUGUGUAGUGGUAGUGGUACAUGUCACACCCAUCCGCUGCUUUAGGAAAGUGAUGGAUGGGCUGUUUCUGUAUCGUUGAUGGUAUGUAUAGACACUCGUUUCGCACACCACUGCCACGCAGACGUAUGCCCAGCAUCCGCAGCAGAUUUUACAGGCCUGCUCACAACGCUUCUACCGAGUCCACGUGCUAUUGUUCCGGAGCGGACAGUCAGUGCCUCUGGAUUGCGAGAAACACCAAUCGGACUCAACGGGAAUCAUUGUGGAAGGAUAGAGGUCAUGCUCUCGAUUAGCCGCUCGUUCAUCACGCAGUGACGAGACUACGCCAAUGUAGCGUAUGAGCUAACACCCCCUGCCUGAGUUUGAAUAUAUCGACACAGGGCGUGGGUGACUGUGGGAUACUCAUCUGCGUAUGAUUCCGACCACACUGUCGCUUCACUUUGAACCCCUUGGUAGUACCUUUACUAUAAGUCAGUGCGGAGUGCAGCAGAUUUCAUCACUGAAAUAAUCACUGAAAUAUCUGCCCAUACAAGUCCACGUGGGUUCUUACUGUUGAUGUUUCUACUAUGGACGUUCAAACUGUCAAAACUUAGGAACAAGAAAAACCACGUCAAUAAACUUUCCUCAAAUCUGCAAAAAAAAUAUCUGGCAGAAAAUCG